CUCCUUACGAUAUGGAACAUAUUAAAGAUCAUGAUACUCCUGAAAUAUGGUGGAUGUCUUUCCGACAACAUAGUGAGCUUGAAACAAUGAUUCAUGUUAUUACUACUGCAAUAAUUAAUAGUGAUGAUGCUUUUGUUGAAGAUGAUGAUAUCGAAGAAACUCUUUCUGACAGUGGAGAAGUUGAAAUAGAUGAAGAAAAUACUACUGAAUUACUUAUGAAAAAGUUUAUAAAUAUGGAUAUUCAUGAAUUUGAGGGUGAAGAAGAUACAGAUUCGAGUUCUUUAAAUAAAAUAUGGUUAGGGAGGAGGAAACGGAAACUGAUUUUGAAGCUUUAA